UGCAUUUCUGUAGUCAUGGCCCUCUUUUCUUCCCUCACACCACUAUUUAUAGCCAUUAUAUGUGUUUUGAUUGGGGUAAUAAUGAAGAAGACGAAUGGAGAGAAGGAAAAACGUGACACUAAAAGCAAGCAUCCAUCUCGCCCAUGGGUGGAUGAAGACUUAAAAGAUGGCACUGACCAUCCCUUAGAAGAAGAAGAGGGUGAGGAAGAGUGGCAAGGACUUGAAGAAAAUGUUGCCCAUGUUCCCUUCACUGGUGAGCGCUACUCUGAGGCUGAAAUGAUUGAAAGGUCACAGACGUUCUACGAGCUUCUGAAUAAGAGGCGAUCUGUCAGGUUUCUCAGUGAUGAGCCAGUCCCCAGGGAGGUAAUCGAUAAUGUCAUCAGAACAGCAGGUACUUCACCUAGUGGUGCACACACUGAGCCCUGGACCUUUGUGGUAGUGCAAGAUCCGUAUCUAAAACAUAAGAUUCGUGAAAUUGUAGAAGAAGAGGAGGAAAUCAACUACAAAAAAAGGAUGGGAGACAGAUGGGUUAAUGACUUGAAAAGAUUGAGAACAAAUUGGAUCAAAGAGUACUUGGACACUGCUCCGUAUUUGAUCCUCAUUUUCAAGCAGGUGUAUGGGCGGCUUCCAAAUGGCAAAAAGAAGACCCACUACUACAAUGAAAUCAGUGUUUCCAUUGCAUGUGGCAUCCUGCUUGCUGCACUGCAGAACGCAGGUCUGUACACAGUGACCUCCACACCCCUGAACUGCGGCCCCCAGCUCCGGGUGCUGCUCCAGCGCCCAGCAAACGAGAAGCUCCUGUUGCUGCUCCCUGUUGGCUAUCCCAAGAAAGAUGCCACUGUGCCUGCGCUGACACGGAAGCCGCUGGAAGACAUCAUGGUGUUCAUGUGA